GGCGGGCGCCGGGAGCGGGCAGAGCCGGCUGCGGGGCGCGGCGCCCGGCCUGUCCCCGCGCCCAGGGCCGGAGCAGGCGGAGAGAAGAGAGGAAAAUGCGAUAUUGCGGGAGAGCGAGGAGGAGAGGCAGCAGGGCUGUGCUCUGUGCUGCCGGCCUGUAGCAGCGACAACAAACAGGUGUGGCUUUGCGCUCCCGAGAAGUGCCGAACGCCGCUUUAACCCCCCGGGAUGUGUGAAGAUUAAGUGCCAAGCGCCAAAAUGAGUGUGACUUCGUGGUUCUUGGUGAGCAGUGCUGGCAUUCGCCAUCGGCUCCCAAGAGAGAUGAUAUUUGUUGGCAGAGAUGACUGUGAAUUGAUGCUCCAGUCCCGCAGUGUCGAUAAGCAGCACGCUGUAAUCAACUAUGACAAGGAGAAAGAUGAGCACUGGGUGAAGGAUCUUGGGAGCUUAAAUGGGACAUUCGUCAAUGACGUGAGGAUUCCUGACCAGAAGUACAUCACCCUGAAGCUGAAUGAUGUCAUUCGCUUUGGCUAUGAUUCAAACAUGUACGUUCUGGAGCAAAUUCAACACAAGGUCCCAGAAGAAGCAUUAAAGCACGAGAAGUACACCAGCCAGCUUCAGAUGAAUUUCAAAAGCACGACCAUGAAGAGGGUGGAGCAGCCCAUGGAGCACAGUGUCUACGCUGAGUCCCCUCAAGCAAAGCUGGAGAAAGGAGAGAGGAAGCCAAUUACAGAGACCAAUAGUUAUCGCACCCCUCUUUAUGGGCAGCCCUCCUGGUGGGGGGAGGAUGAUGCAAACAAUGAGGACAGAAGACAAGAAGAGCAUUACUCAGAAAGAUCAAAAGAGAUGACCCAGCAUGAAGAGGAACUGAACGGUAAUAUUUCUACCUAUAGAGAUUCCCAAGAACAGUCUGUGUUUGCCUUCCGGAGGGAACCAAGUUAUUUUGAGAUCCCGACUAAAGAAUUUCAGCAGCCAUCAAAAUCUCCAGAAACACAGGUCCACGAGAUCCCAACAAAGGAUAUUGAUGCCAUAGUAGCCCCAGUUGUGCAAAGCCAUGCCUCUUUCACCAUUGAAUUUGAUGAUGGAACCCCUGGUAAAAUAAAGAUCAAAGAUCAUGUAACUAAAUUUUCGCUCAGGCAGAGAAGGCCUUAUAGUAAGGAACCAGCUCACACAGAAGUGAUGUCAGCAGAGAGCAAGGUGGCUGACUGGCUUGUCCAGAAUGACCCAAGCUUGAUCAGACGGCAGUCUCCAGGGGAAGAUGUGUACAGCACCAAGAGUGACCUGCCGGUUCAUGUGAAGACACUUAAAGGCAAUCGGCACGAGGACGGGACGCAGAGCGACUCAGAAGACCCCGUGGCACCCAAGGCAGAGAAGGAGCCGACGACGGGUGGUGAGCGGGUGACGGAGCAAGCCAAGCUGCAGCGCCAGAUGAGGCGCGAUCCCCACGAGAUGCUGCACAACAAGCAGGCGUUUGUUAUUGAGUUCUUUGAGGACACGCCAAGGAAGAAGCGCUCGCAGUCCUUCACACACAGUGCUCACUCCUCUCAGAGCGACACCGAUCCUGGGCUCAAGGCCAAGGUUGAGAAACGCAAGAACACAGUGCCAAUGGAGAAGCAGGGCAGCGCGGUGCCACCAUCCCAUGUUGGGACACAAGGGGGCAAAGCCACCAACAGCUCCUCUGGGACCCAAAGAGCUAGUUCCUUCAAGAGGGAGAAGACAGAGGAGCGAAUCAACUCUUCAUCCUCCUCUGCCUCCAGAGCAUCAGGCAGAGCCUAUGGGAGCGUUGGGAGGAAGUCUAAAAUGGCUCAGGAUUUUAUGGCUGAGUACCUAAGGGAGACAGCUCAAUCUGGGAAGGCAGGCUCUGAGAAACCAGCACCUCAGCCUGUGCCGGCGGCCCCACGUGUGGUCAUAUCUUCAGAGCCAGAGCCUGCCUCUGCUCCAUCUCCAGAGCUUAAGUCUGCCCAGGGCAGGAGGAAUGAUGAGGAAGACAGUGUGAGCGAGACUGGCACAUACACCAUUGAGACAGAGUCACAGGAUAAAGAGGUGGAGGAAGCACGAAAAAUGAUUGAUCAGGUUUUUGGUGUUCUUGAGUCGCCUGAAUUUUCUAGAAUAUCAUCAGCUUUUAGACCAGUAAUAAAAGGUGAAAAAGACGACUCUGGUUCUCAUCAGCAUUUAGUCAGUGAAAACGGCACUUGUCAGAAGUCACCCUUGCUCCAGGCAUUUGCCUCAAAAGCUGUGAGUGGGUCUCAGGCUGACAUGCAGAUGUCUGCAGCAUCUCAAGGAAGUCAGAAGUGGGUGUCAAGGUGGGCAAGUCUUGCUGACAGCUACUCUGACUCUGGAUCUGUCUCAGGACAAGCUGAUGGAGCUCCAGAAAGUGGUGUAGCCCCAAAAUCUGGGGAACCCGAAAAUGCUGUGCCCUUGAGAACAAGGCGUCUUCUUCCCCAGCUUCCACCAAGCGAUAAAUCAGAGAGCCCCACACCCACAGUUUUGGUCUGCCAGGAGUCCUAUUCCGAGGUUACGAAGAGAACCAUUGUGAAGGAUCACUGUGUGGAAGCCUACAGCGAUCACGGCAGCCGCCUCUUCAUUCAGGAAGACUUAGAUCCAGAUAGCCUCAGCGAUGCCAGCAGAUCUGAUGAUGGCUUCAGCUCAGAAAAAGGCAGAAAGUAUAAAGAGAACAAUAAAAUGCUAGAGCAGAUGGGGGAAGAGACAAAAUCAGAAAGCCGGCAGCCAGGAGCCCCCCGGGUUGCAAAUGUGAGAGCUGUGAGUGAGACAAUUUCUACUUCGUUCUACAUUGGUGAUGACAGCAGCGAUGUGGGGGUUCCCUCCAAGCUCUCUCUGAGCGUGGCCCAUGCUCGAGCUGACAAAGAGGGAAAGGAUCAGGAAUUUUCCUUCAAGUCUACUGGCAUGCCUGUUCCUGGAAAGCCCUUGGGCAAAGAUGUCAGUGCUUACAUUAACGCAGCAGGAAAAAUGGUUAUUUCUGUUCAUCAGAGUCCUCAAGAUCAGGAAAACAUGGCAGGAAAGGAAAUAUCUUUUGUUAGACAGGAAAGUUUUACCAAAGAUAAAUCAAGCAGUGCUGUUCCUCAAAACAAGCUUCCUCAUAUUUCAAGUCACCCUCUGCUUAAAGAUUUAGAGGCUGUUCGCUCAAACCGUAUGGACUUUGGACAGGACACUCAUCUUCUUCUUAAGGACACUGAAACUGCCUUGGCGGCGCUGGAAGCCAAAUUACUUGGUCAAAGCCAAAAGCUGGAGCCCUCGGAAACUGCUGGUCAGCUGGAGGACUCCCUGUCCGGUGACUCAGAUGUGGACACAGCCAGCACGGUCAGUCUGGUGAGUGGCAAAAAUGUCCCCACAAGCGCCCCAAAACGCAAAGCAGUGGCGAGCUUGCAGAAGGAGAAAUCUUCCUCCUCACCAUCCAUCCAGGACCAGUGUGGGCAGCCCAGUGCACGGGACAGGCUGACAGAGAAGCGGAAGGCCAAUGUACCAGAGGCUCCGAGGUCUGUGGAGGCCACCAAGCGCUUCCAGAUGAAGCGGAGUGCUGGGACUCGGGGGUCACUUGAUUUUACAGAUGAUGAGAGAAGCUCAAGUCUGCCCUACUUGCCAGCCCCUGAUGCGGUGGUGUCUGACCACGAGCACUCGGUGCCCCGACCUGCUCCCAGAAGGAAGCCUUUUACUCAGGCUGCCAAGGAAGAUCACAGCAAAACAACGGCAAAUGUGCAGAAGAUCCAGCAAGUUCUCACCCGCUCUAACAGCUUAUCCACCCCGCGGCCCACGAGGGCCUCAAAGCUGCGUCGUGCCCGGCUGGGAGAUGCUUCAGACAACGAGUGUGUUGAUACUGAGAAAACAGCCUCCAACCCUGAAGCCGCUGCUGCGGGCUCCAAACAGUCCACAGAGACAAAAAAGCUGUCCCGGCUUGACAUCCUCGCCAUGCCGAGGAAACGGGCAGGAUCAUUUACGGUGCCCAGUGACUCUGAGACAGCACAGUCAAGGACGGGGUUUUCUGGCCGGAGCGUGGAGUCCUAUCGGAAGGCGACUGUGUCGGAGAUCCGAGCCGCAGCGAGGAAAACAGCAGCCGCUGCCUCUGCCAAGCAGCCGUUCAGUAGGAGCCGCUCAAGCAGUGUCAAGUAUUCCUCCACCUCCACAUCAAGGAGGAGACCGCAGGGUUCAGAUUACACUUCUACUUCGGAGGAAGAGUAUGGCUCAAAUCACAGCUCCCCUAAACACAAACGCUCCCAUACUUCAACAGCCACACAGACGCCGAGGAUACGUGGCUCUGGGCUGGGCAAGCAGAAACACAACGGCAGAGAGACAGAUGACGACGAAGACUUUGACCAUCCCGACCCCUACAACUUCAUGGCACAGACAGCAGAGAUAGCAGAAAUAGCCAGGUUGAGCCAGACCUUGGUGAAGGAUGUGGCCAUCCUUGCUCGAGAGAUUCAUGAUGUUGCUGGAGAUGGGGACUCGCAGAGUUCGUCAGGAACAGGACCAAGCACCUCCCUCAGCUCUGUGCCCAACACUCCUGCUUCCACCAUAUCAGCAAGAGAAGAGAUUGCUCGUAGAUCUUUUCGGCUGGCAUAUCCAUCUCAGUUGGUGCAGCACAUUCCAGAAGCAAGUCUGAACUACCAGAAAGUGCCUCCGGGAUCAGUGGAACUGAAGAAUUUUGACCAAAAUAUGAAUGAUAAUAGAGAAGAUGAUCUAUCCAAAAAAACAAGGACACGAAACCGUGAGGAGGUCAUCUUUGACAACCUGAUGCUGAACCCAGUGUCCCAGUUAUCACACACAAUCCGUGAAAAUACAGAAAACCUAGCUGAGAAAAUGAAGAUUUUGUUUCAAAACUCAGAGAGGACCUGGGAGGAGAUGGAGGCCAAAAUUAACUCUGAAAACGAAGUGCCAAUUCUGAAGACAUCAAACAAGGAAAUCAGUUCUAUCCUGAAGGAGCUCAGGAGAGUUCAAAAACAGCUUGAAGUGAUAAAUGCUAUCAUUGACCCUACUGGAAACUUGGAUGUAGUUGCCAGUAACAAAGCAUCUUCUGCUGCUAAACAAUCAACAGCCACUAAAGUCAGGACUGCUAACACUUCUGGAUCCACACUGGAGACUUUGUCCCCAGCACAGAUGAGAAACUACACACAGAAAUCAAACUGUGGGUCUUCUAGCUUGCAAGAUUCAAAUUUCAUUCCAGAUGGAGAGAAAUACGUGAUCUGAUAUUUUGUAUUGCUAUCAUAUUGUAAUCUACUGUAGUAUUGUGUGUGAGUGGUUUGUGGACAGUUUGUGUGGAGCAGUUGUUUAGAUUGCUAAUACAUUGCACAAAAGAAAGGAAUCUAUGCUGUGAGGGUGAAUGGCAAGUCUGCGUAUGCCUUUGAAUCAAGACUAGCACUGUGGAGCAGCACAUGUUCAGCAUAGAGGCAAACUGAUUUUUAACAAUUUACUCACUCUUCCAGUGUGCCAUAAGCAAACAGGCUUUGCAUACCCUCUGUUCAGUACUGCCUAGUGCUCUUGCAUCAGCCUGUUCAUAAUGAUUCAGUUGUAACGAGGCGCAAUUUAAGAAACACUUUUUUGGGUACUAGAUUUGUUUUGGUUUUGUUUGCUUUGCUGUUUUGUUUUCAUUGUGUAAGUGAGCAUUGCAGCUCUGUUGGAAUCCAAGUGCAAAUCCAACAGAAUGAUGGUGCAAUAUAGUGGGUUUCUAGGAGAAACUCUCACUACAGUUCUCUAAGAAGUCAUUUUCAGCAGUCUUAAAAAGGCAACUGCACUGAAGUUGUACGUUUUUAUGUUCUUUUUUCAGCCCCAAAACUAAAACAAGACAUAACAAUUACUUUUUUUUCUUCCCUCUUGGUCAAGUGUAAGAGUUGUUAAUUGAAUGUAACGACUACUAAUGCAGUUGCUAUUUUUCAUGUUUCAGUCCCAAAAUUAUUUGUAAGUACAAAAAGUUGAAUUAUGGUUUAGCUUGCCAAAUUUUUGGUACAGUUGCUGUCUUUACAGGUUCAAAAGAUUUGCUGUACAAUCUUUCACAAUAGGCUACAAAUGCUCCAGUCUGGGCCAAAGACUGAGAUGGCUGUGAUUUAGCUAAUUGUCAAGAGAAACAUCUGUUCCAGUGGCUUACGUAAUAAACUUAAUUGCAUAGCUGCUGUGAACUAGUGUUCACUUGAUGGCACUCAAAAAAGAAUGGCAGAAAUGUAGCUCCUCAUUUAUGGUUAGUUCUGCUACGAAUUUCUUAUUCAAUGCAAAAGUGCUUGAAAACCACCAUUCUGUGCUAUUCCUUAGGAACUACCUGCCAGCAUCAAGCACUUGGUAUAUUUGGGAUUUUUGUCUGGAUUUUGUCUUUUUUUUGUCUGUCUCCUAGACAUUAAUGAGUAUUACAUGCAGUUGCACUAAGCAGUUUCUUGUUGAAAAAACAUUGCAUUUUGUAUUCACCCUUUCAGUUACAUACAAAACCCGAAGCAAUUUUUCUUACUUCAAAAAACCAAACCUUUUGUUCUUAAGGGGACCUUUUCCAGACGUGUUUGCUUCCAGUUUUCUCCAUCCUGUAGUAAUUCCUUUGUCAUUAAUUCCUGGUCCACAAGCAGUAAUCAGGUAGAGAAAUCCUUCCAUAGUCAUGGAGGAAAAUUUGCUGGGAAAGGUGAGCAGAUGAGUUCCACUUUGCCCUCAUACAGUGUGUGGUUUAACCAGUGAAAAUGGAACCCCAAGCUUGACUGCUGCUUCUUGUGUGACUUUAUAUUUUGGGGUGGUAGUGGAUCCCUUAGUUAGCUUCAGUAGUUACCUGAGCUUUUCUGCUAGAAUGUCGUGAAAGUGGGAGCCAGCUAAAAUAAUUUCAAUAAGUAGGGAUACUCACAAGAGUUUAAUCUUACUAGCAAAGAGCAUGAGGGCUUUCCUGGUGAAGCCACUGGGAAAUUUCAAUAAAUUUCAGCAGAAACAGGAUCAGUCCUGUGAUGGGAGGAUGCCAGCAGACCAUUAGCUUCUCUUGACUCUGCACACUGCUGGCUGGCAAAGAGUAAGUUCAGAUACCCUUCCAAGAUCUCCAGCAGGUUAUAAGACUCAUCUGCUUGUGUGGAAAUGCUCUUCCAUGAAGAAAUCUGCUGAAUUUCACAUAAAUGAAAGCAGAAUAAAAGAAAAGAGGAAAAAAAAAAUUGCCCUUUAUGUUCUUCUGGCUGUAAUAUACGCACUGUACCUUCUUCUGCCUGUAAUAUACUGAAUGUGUUCAUUUGGUUGUUUAUUCUGAUCUGUCUUUUCUUGAGAUGCCUGACUGUGUCUGUGAUGAAUAUCCUACGUGGUGGUAUUGUUCCUGACAUAUGACACGUGUGUUCAGGCCCUUCUUUGUUAGGGCUUAGUAUGUCCAGGUGCUACCCCAACUCAUUAGGAGUUGAAGGACCUUCACAGAUAAGGUGUUGCUGUUAGUUUCAGUUUUGCUAUAGAAACACAUGGAUUACUCAGACAUCUGACUUUUAUUAUUCACUAUGUUUCUGCAUCUUCCUGGCUAUGCUCUGGUGGUUUUUGUUUCUCUGCAGCACAUCUUUUGAUGUGACUUCUGUUUACUUUCACUUGAAAAUUACUUGAUUCUUCCUUCUUUGGUGAACACAUCAGGAAUGGAUUUUCAUCCUUGUUUGCUUUGCUCUGAAUUUGAGAGAGAGCCUGCAGCCACCUGACAUCAACCCACCAAACAUGGGACCUCUUCAAGUACAGGACGCAGCAGUCCAUGUCUGCUCACAAUUUGGACGUGUUUGUGUAGGGCUGGGGGGGAGAUGCACAGCUUGACUUAUUUGUGACUCAGCCAAAAUGCACAACAAUGCUUGUGUGCUGACACAGCGUUCAUGUGUGGAUCUUUGCAUUCAAAACACUCUUGUUAGUGAUGAAAUGCAACCUAUCUUCUCUUGUGUUCGCUGCUUCUGAAAUAUAUACACUCCAUUUGCACUUGUCUGCUCCGAUAAGCCAAAGAGCGAGCCACACAACUACAGCUCCUUUAUCCUUUGGUCAUUCUUACAGUGUGCACAGCCAUGAAAACACGCCUGUGUGUGACUGCAGCGUAACUCUCCAGGUGUAUCCUGCUGCCCAGGCUCAGUGUGUAGGAAACCUGAUGGCUUUGGCAGGCUGUGUGUGGAGUUUGAUGGAGCGACCCUGACCCCAUGGGCAGUUCUCAUACCAUUUUGCUUUCGUGUGUUUUGUAUUUGACUAAAGAAAUGUAACAAAGGGUGGGAUUUUCAAAGCUGCAGGGAAGCAAGUGCUCAGGCCCUUUUGGGCUCCCAAGGGAUUUCGGGUGCCUGAUGUCAUGAGCACCUUUCAAAAUCCCAAUCCUCCAUUCUUCUGCUAUACUUGAAAACCAUGUUCUCAGUUCAACGCUUUCAAAUGUAAAAACCUGUUCUUUCGUUCUGAUGGAAUGAAUGUAAAUUCCUGCAAGAAUGUGUGGGAGCUUUGCUAGGGAGGACCUUAACUUAACUACAGCCGUGUCCUGUUGUGGUUGUGCUCCAGGAGAAAAGAAGUCUGCAUCAUCUUCGAUUUCUUUAGUAAGGGUAAAACUAGUGGAAUGUUUACAUCCAGACUACUGGGAAGGAAAAAAAAAAAAAAAGGAAAAAACAAAAAGGGCGAAAAAAA